AUGCGGGGCAAGGACGAUGAGUACGAUUAUCUCUUCAAAGUUGUGCUCAUCGGGGACUCAGGGGUGGGAAAGAGCAACCUGCUCUCGCGCUUCACCCGCAAUGAGUUCAACCUGGAGAGCAAGAGUACCAUCGGGGUGGAGUUUGCCACGAGGAGCAUCCAGGUGGACAACAAGACAGUGAAGGCUCAGAUCUGGGACACGGCCGGGCAGGAGCGAUACCGGGCCAUCACCUCAGCGUACUACCGGGGGGCAGUGGGAGCUCUGCUUGUCUAUGACAUUGCCAAGUACUUGACAUAUGAGAAUGCAGAGCGCUGGCUCAAGGAGCUGCAGGACCACGCUGACGCCAACAUUGUCAUCAUGCUGGUGGGCAACAAGAGCGACCUGCGGCACCUGCGGGCAGUGCCCACCGAUGAGGCCAGGAGCUUCGCAGGUAUCUUCUCCCAUCCUGUCCGGUCCCAUCCCAUCUGGCUGGGGCUCAUGGCACCCACCUGAGCUCACACUGUUCUUG